ACACUAACCUGCCUGGCUCUCCCACGGUGCAGCUUAACACACUCAUUGGCCUGCAGCCUGCCAGGGGCGGGGCUUGGGUGGUCCUCAAAAGGAGUUAGCAGUGUGAGAGGAGAGCCCUGGAGGCUGAUGCUCUCCUCCCAGUCUCACCCGGCCUUCUUCAGGAGCCUCUGCUUUCAGGAUUGUUCCCUUUGUGACUCGGCUUGGGACAGAGCCUCAGAUCAGAGGACACCUGUGGCCUUGGAUUUUAACCUCAGUGAUGGGAAAACUUGAAAAUACUUCCUGGAUCCACGAUCCUCUCAUGAAGUACUUGAACAGCACGGAGGAGUACCUCGCUCACCUCUGCGGACCCCGGCGCAGCCACCUCUCCCUUCCAGUGUCUGUGGCCUAUGCGUUGAUCUUCGUGGUGGGGGUGAUGGGCAAUCUUCUGGUGUGCCUGGUGAUCCUCCGACAUCAGACCUUGAAAACACCCACCAACUACUACCUCUUCAGCCUGGCUGUCUCAGACCUGCUGGUCCUGCUCUUUGGGAUGCCUCUGGAGGUCUAUGAGAUGUGGUACAAUUACCCCUUCCUGUUUGGGCCGGUGGGCUGCUACUUCAAGACCGCCCUCUUCGAGACUGUGUGCUUUGCCUCCAUUCUCAGUGUCACCACGGUUAGCAUAGAGCGCUAUGUGGCCAUCGUCCACCCGUUCCGAGCCAAGCUGGAGAGCACGCGGCGGCGGGCCCUCAAGAUCCUCAGCCUUGUCUGGGGUUUCUCUGUGGUGUUUUCUUUGCCCAACACCAGCAUCCAUGGCAUCAAGUUCCAGCACUUUCCCAAUGGGUCCUCCGUGCCCGGCUCUGCCACCUGCACAGUCACCAAGCCCAUGUGGGUGUACAACUUCAUCAUCCAAGCCACCUCAUUCCUCUUCUACAUCCUCCCGAUGACCCUCAUCAGCAUCCUCUACUACCUCAUGGGGCUCAGACUGAAGAAAGAUGAGUCCCUUGAGGCAGACAAAGUGACUGUGAACAUUCAUAGACCCUCCAGAAAAUCAGUCACCAAGAUGCUGUUUGUCUUGGUCCUUGUGUUUGCUAUCUGCUGGACCCCCUUCCAUGUGGACCGGCUCUUCUUCAGCUUCGUGGAAGAGUGGACUGAGUCCCUGGCUGCUGUGUUCAAUCUCAUCCACGUGGUAUCAGGCGUCUUCUUCUAUCUGAGCUCAGCUGUCAACCCCAUUAUCUAUAACCUCUUGUCGAGACGCUUCCGGGCAGCCUUUCGGAAUGUCAUCUGUCCUUCCUGCAAGUGGUGCCAUUCCCAAGAUCUCCCACCAGGACCUCCAGCCCAGAAGAUCAUCUUCUUGACAGAAUGCCACCUUGUGGAGUUGACAGAGGAAGCAGGCCCCCAGUUCCCCUGUCAGUCAUCCAUCUACAACUCACACCUCUCCACAGACCGUUGUGCUGGGCAGGUACCAUGAAGGGAGUGGU